AUGUUGUGCAUAAAGAAACUGUACCGGGAGGAACUGCUGCAACUGGCAUUGCUGCUCUCCUUACUGCGUGUAGAUCCAGAGUACUAUCUGGGUCUAGACAUCCAGACUAUCGGUGUGGGAUCUUUGGAUCUCAACAAUGGGUCUGGAUGGCACACGGACACUCACACCAUUGUUCAUCGUCCAAUGUAUGUGCACCCAAAGAAUCCAGAUUCCAUGCUCCUCAAUUAUCAGAGGGAUCUGUUUGAAGAACUGAAUUCACUGGGAAGAUACAACAGAAUGAAUUCUGGCUUCAAUGCUAUACAUGCUUAUCUACUGAAUAUUGAGGAAUCAAAUAGAGAUACAGCAGUAGCAGGUCCUAGUGAGUCUAUCUCAACAAAUUCAGUGAGAAACGUGACAUCUCCAGGUCAACCAAACUCCACACAAAGCCCUGCGGAACCAGUCAGCGCAGCGGAAUUAACUCAAGAGGAUAUGGACCUGAUCGAGGUGCUCUGGAAGCAGGAUGUGGAUCUAGGAUUCACGUUGGUGGAGCCGGCGGCACCGGCCAAAAAGCCGUCCACGUCGGAGAAAGAAUCAGCGGAUGAGAUCGAGAAGCUGAAAGCCUUGGAAGCUAUUAACGCCACCAAUCAGAAGGAUGACGCCAAAGAAACAGAGUCGCAAGAGGACGACCCGUGGGCUGGACUCCCUUACACCGUGGACCUGGAAACCGGCGAAUACAUCCUCAGCUCCGCCGGUCCGAACGGAAGUGGAAGUAGCAUCGGAGAGGAUAGCCCGCUCCUCAACGAGGCGUCGUUGGGUUUGGACAAUCACCCGUUGACUGGCUUGACUGAUGAUUCGCUGGUGCUAAAUGACACUUUAGGACUCGAGCAUGAUUUUACCUCGGAGCUUCUCGGAGGUAGUCUCUUAGAAAGCGCCGGCGUAGAGGGUCUACUCAGCAACGAUACGUUGGGCUUGCCCGACGAAUUUAAUCUCGAGGAGGCGCUCCAGCUCGUUGGCCUCGAUGAGGCUCAACCAGAGGCUUGCGAGGAGACGAAACCGGAAGUGAAGAAGAAGAAGAAGAAAGAGGACAUCGCUGAGGACUCCGCGAGUGCAGAGGGCGGCGCGGCCAUCACCGCGUCGAGUAACGCCGAGGUCGCGAAGUCAUCCAGGUGCGAGGAUCCCGAGACCGGCGACAUGAUUCACACACCGCAGUUUCAUCAUCCCCAUCAUCCGCACCACCGCUCCUUCCAGGGUCGUAUGCCGUUCAUGCGAGCGAUGAGCGUGGAACAGCGGUGGCAGGAUCUCGCGUCUCUGUUAUCCCUUCCGGGAGCACCAGAUCACUUCGCACAUCCGGCGCAUCCGGGAUAUCCAGGACACGGUAUAAGUCACAGUCAUUACGAGGCGCAACGUAACGUACUGCUUCACAAUCCUACCUUAGCACCACCGGUCGGGGAUCUCAAUUCGACAGGACCUUAUCACAAUGUCGGUGGGUCGUCGAAUUUGGGUUCAGCCGUGGCAACAUCGAUGAAUCUGACGAACAGCAGCGAACCAAUGGGUGCAGAGAGUGGUGCAACUUACAAGUCUGAGCCUAGCGAUAUGAUGUAUUAUCAUGCGCCGGCAACAGAUUCCAUCAAUCAAACCACGGACGGAUUUCUUUCGUCUCUACUUAAUGACGAGGAUUUACAUCUGAUGGACAUGGCCAUGAACGAUAGCAUGUAUACCAUGCGCAUGCUGGAUAAUGGUAACAACAAUGCAUCAGGGCCCACUACCGGUGCGACCGCUCUACCGAGUGUGCAAACAGCCGGCGGCGCAGCUUCGACGGCUACCGGUGUCACGACUCUACCUGCUGUAGCCGACGAAAGGAUGGACGCUUCGAGCGACAGCGCAGUCAGUAGUAUGGGCAGCGAGCGCGUACCGUCUCUCUCGGACGGCGAGUGGAUGGAAACUGGAUCCAAUUCCAGCCAUACGCAAGCCGACUCUCAUUACAGUAUGGAUUACGCGAGCAAGUAUCGCAUGCCGUACGACUGCAGCUACUCGGUCUCCGCGAGGAAUGCCGGCGGCUCCCCGAGAUGUCAAACGGAACGGACCGUCGCGCCGGUCGCACAGAAGAAACAUCAAAUGUUCGCCAAGCGAUACUUCCAGGAGCAAGGCACUUGCUCACCUUUGGGCGCUACCGCACACCCGAUCACUCCGAUGAAAUAUGAAUAUGACACGCAUACAGUCGGCGCGGGCGCGCCGGGCAACGCAUAUUCUGGACCGAUCGAGGGCGCAGCCGGCCCGCAGCCAGAAAUGAAGUACAGUUGUAGCGUGGACUUUAGUCGUCAUCAAUCCGGGCGAUCUGCAAUAGAACAUGUUCAUCACAAUCAUACCUAUCAUCUGCCCGCCGAGAGUUCGGGAUCUCUUCAGCGUCCUAUUACGCGUGACAAGAAAGUUCGUAAGAGCGAAGCGGACGAACAUCUAACGAGAGACGAGAAGAGAGCAAGAGCGUUGAGCGUGCCGAUCGCAGUCAGUGACAUCAUCAACCUUCCCAUGGACGAGUUUAACGAACGUCUCAGUAAAUACGAUCUUAGCGAGGCCCAAUUAUCCCUAAUACGCGACAUUAGAAGACGCGGCAAGAAUAAGGUCGCCGCGCAGAAUUGUCGCAAACGCAAAUUGGAUCAAAUCCUAAGUCUAGCCGACGAAGUGAAGGGAAUGCGAGAUCGCAAGAUGCUGCUUAUACGCGAUCGCGAAAGCAUGCGCUUGGAGAUACAGCGAGUGAAGGACAAGUUUAGCCAACUCUACCGUCAUAUUUUCCAGUCUCUACGAGAUCCAGACGGUAAUCUGUAUCAUCCGUACGAGUACAGCCUUCAACAAUCUGUGGAUGGCAAUAUUCUACUGGUUCGCAGAAAUCAAACGAAUCCUCAUCAGUCACGGCAAUCCUCAAUGGAGCCGAAGACGAAACCCGAUUCUGAACACAAGGAAUGAAACUGUCAAAGGAUCAUACACUAAUGUGAUUGGUAAUCGGAGAACUUGUGUCAUCUUUGGACGGAGCACGUGCGUCCAAAACGCAGUGGAAAACGAACGCAGUGCCGGGGACAGUGUUGAGCGUAUAAUAAAGUAUACAUCGAUACAUUUACGAAUAUACACACUCGGAAUCGUCAUGCUACAUUCGCGAAUAUUUGCCCAAGCAAUGGCCGGGCGCAAGGAUCGUACGCAUACCAGAUUUAUCACGCAUAACAUUUGUUAGAUGGAAGAGAUGUCUGGAUACACUUGACGUGCUGCACACUGUGUCCGAAUAAACAACGAAAAUUCGUCGAGAGUACUACAUAUACGAGUCGCUGCUAUGCGAUUCCUGGCAACUAAAUUUUUUAAUAUAUUUAGAGGAAUUUUAGUGGAAAAAGAAGGAAGGAAAAAGUAGGAUCGUAUUUGUAACGUCCCAAUGAUGGUUUCUUUCUUUCCCUUAUUUUUUUUUGUUUCAAGGUGAUACUACAGUUUUCAGUUACUUGUGGACCACUUGUGUUUUCAGUUACUCGUGGACCACUAUGUUUUUCGAACUAUCACACUUGAUUUCCCUUUCAUUUUCAUUAUAAGACUUUUGUAUCACGUAGUUAAGUAAUGAUGUUAUCACUCGUAAUGUAUCUCCUUUGACUCUCGUCGAUAAAUUGCGAGUAAGCGGAUAAAGCCGAGAGCACUUGGAAAUGUUUUUAACUUUGAGUUACAUGAAGAGAACUUUUGACAUAUUUUGAGUUUAUACACCGGCCUUACGUAACAAUACGUAUUAUAUAUUUAUUGUAAGACGGUAAUAGAAUAAAUUUUUCGCAAGCUUUUUACGUCUGGCGAGACCGAUCACUAUUGGGUUCUGCAAUGUUCAGGGAAAGUUUCCAAUUAUCGACACAUAGAUGACUUAAACGCGGAUAUUGUAUCGUUGAACAACGCAUGAGAACUGUUGUGUCACCGUAAUUGAAGCAAUUCUAAAUCAAUCUCUUAUUCCGAUACUACUCUUUCUGCUUCACACGUAAAAUAUGCUUGUUAACUUGUGAAAUGCAUAUACGUAAACGUGUAGCUCUAAUAUACACGUGCAGUGAUACACUAUUAUAAAUUUACAAGGCUCAUUAUACUAUUUUGUUUUUUGUUUUUUUUAUAUUUGAGAGAGAGAGAGAGAGAGAGAGAGAGAGAGAGAGGGAGGAAGAAAAAAAGAAAGAAAGAAAGAAAGAAAGAUAGAAAGAGAAAGGUUUUUCAUCGCGUUUCGAUGUAAUUGUUUCUAUCUACGAAUACGAUAUAUAUAUAUAUAUAUAUAUAUAUUUAUAUAUAUAUAUACAUAGAUAUAUAUAGCUCUCAUAUAUAUAGAUAUAUAUAGGAGUGCGACGAUUCCAUUGAAACGUACCUAUCCAAUGAUUUCAAUCGAUCGAUUGCAAUUAUUGCUAGAAGUAUACUUAAUUACCAAAAUUAUGACACACUUAUGACUCUUAUAGCUCGCCCCGAGCAAAAACGGAGCUGGCGAGAUAUCGAGCAAAUAAAUCGCGCGCGUGUCGACACGAAACGAGACGGACAUGAAAACACGCGCGCGCAUAUGUACUAUUAAAUAAUCCUUGUUGCGUUAUGAACUUAGAGAAUAUGUAUCGUUUUUGAAGCGCUUACAGUUCCGAAAGCGAUAGUGUCGUGAAUGUAUAAUGCAAAAUUGUGUAAUUGCAUUUAACUGACGGUGAAGUAGGGUGCAACGUAAACAAAAGGCAAAUGAUUGAGACAUUCGGUGGGAUACAGCGAACUUGCAGUAACUAAUCUCUGAACCAUUUUGUGUUCCAUGUAGAGUGCUGCUUAAACGGAUACUUUAAAAUUUCACUCUGUUCAAGCAAAUCACGCAAGCGACACCUUGUAAUAUAUAUUAAUACAAUAUAUUGGCGUACACGUGUACUGACGUAAUGUCAGUAUAUGUGCAUGCUGAUAUAAUAAUAUAGAAAAUAAUGCAAGUAUGUGAAUACAUUUACUGCGACAAGCUGUAAUGCUACAAUAUUAAGGAAUAGCAUUCGUUGAAAUACAAACGAACGUAAUAUAAAAACACAUAUUUUUAUAAAAUAAAAAAAUGAGAAAUGUUCAGGUAUUUCACAUUUGCCUUUUUAUGUAUAUAUUAAUGUAGCUAGUAUAAUUUUCUAUAAAUAUUAUAUAUAUUAUAUAUAUAUGAUAUAUAUAAAUGAAAGAUAAAUGUAUGUAUUUAUGUAUAUGUACUUGUAUAUAUAAAUACAUAUACACGAGGAGUAAUAAUAAAAAUAUAUGUUAUAAUGUUAUAUAAAAAAAAAAAACGAACGAAAAUGCAGUUUAUGUCGGCAAUUAUUAAUAAUCAGCUCCUUAUUAACAUUUACAUACGCGAUUGUAUUCAUACUAUUGGGUGUAGGAUGCCUUUUACGUAUUGUACUUAGCGAGCGGAGAUCUCAGUAUCGGCAAACCUUUCUAAAAGACUAAUUUAUAAGAACUCUGUUCGUCUACUGUACAAACAUAAUUUGGAUUUGCAUAAGCUUGCAAGUCCAUCUAAUUGCAGUCAAGAUCUCCUUCUGUCAUUAAAUUUCUAUAUUGUAUAAAUAAAGCUGAAUAAAAAUCUCUGGGAAAAGUAU